AUAUUUGUCCCUCGAAGCUUUGAACCUCUCUCUCUCUCUCUCUCUCUCUCUGCACCACGACCCUUUUCGUCUUGGUUCCUUUGGGGGUCGCCUGAAGAAACCGAAGAAGUAUACUCGAAAGCUGAGAAUUUCGGCAGAUCAGGGCUUAAAACCCUAACGCGGAACUCAAUUUACCAUCCAAUUCCGGAGAAUUCCUCUUUCCCGAUCUCAACCAUGUCGGAAAUGGCGACUAUGGAUCCCGAAGGGAUCGACGGAGUUCGUAUGACCUGGAACUUCUGGCCUCGCACCAAGGUUGAGGCCAGCAAGUGCGUCGUCCCCAUCGCCGCCUGCAUCUCCCCAAUCCGAUACCACCGUGAAAUUCCGACGGUUCCGUACGCGCCGCUCCGGUGCCGGACCUGUUCUGCCGCGCUCAACGCCUUCUGUCGCGUUGAUUUCACGGUGAAGAUCUGGAUCUGCCCUUUCUGCUUCCAACGCAACCACUUCCCUCCUCACUACCACAUGAUCUCCGAGACUAAUCUUCCGUGCGAGCUGUAUCCGCAGUACACCACUGUUGAAUACACUAUCCCGAGCCCUUCCCCAGCUCCCGGCAUGGGGAAUUUCGAUCAGAGCGGUGGUGCUGCGUUGCAGCCCUCGCAGUCGGUGUUCGUCUUCGUGUUGGAUACGUGUAUGAUCGAGGAGGAGUUUGCCUUCGCGAAAUCUGCCCUCAAGCAGGCGAUCGGCUUGCUUCCGGAUAACGCUCUCGUUGGGUUCGUCUCGUUUGGGACGCAGGCGCACGUUCACGAGCUGGGAUUCUCUGAUUUGGCCAAAGUUUACGUCUUCAGGGGCAACAAGGAGAUCACCAAGGAGCAGAUUUUGGAUCAGUUAGGGCUCGGUGUGUCUGGUAGGCGAGCAGUAGUUGGGGGAUUUCCAAAGGGCAGGGAUGGAUUCGGUAACGCUGGUGUUAACAGGUUCCUUUUGCCAGCCUCUGAGUGUGAAUACACUCUUGAUUCGCUGUUGGAUGAGCUACAAACGGAUCAGUGGCCAGUCCAGCAUGGUCGUCGUACUUCACGGUGCACGGGAGUGGCUUUGAGUGUGGCCGCUGGAUUGGUUGGAGCUUGUUUUCCUGGAACUGGGGCUAGAAUUGUUGCUUUAAUUGGAGGGCCAUGUACGGAAGGGCCUGGCACGAUCAUAUCAAAGGAUCUGUCAGACCCUUUGCGUUCACAUAAAGAUCUUGAUAAAGAUGCUGCUCCGUACUACAAAAAAGCUGUGAAAUUUUAUGAUGGUCUUGCAACACAAUUGGUCAACCAAGGUCAUGUACUGGACCUUUUUGCAUCUGCACUUGAUCAGGUUGGUGUUGCUGAAAUGAAAGCUGCAGUUGAAAGAACUGGAGGGCUUGUUGUUUUAUCAGAAAGUUUUGGCCAUUCUGUGUUCAAGGAUUCUUUUAAGCGAAUAUUUGAAGAUGGCGAACAAUCUCUUGGUCUUUGUUUCAAUGGAACACUGGAGAUCAACUGUUCAAAGGACAUAAAGAUUCAAGGGAUCAUUGGACCUUGCUCUUCCCUGGAGAAGAAAGGCCCUAAUGUUGCUGAUACAGUUAUCGGAGAAGGGAAUACUACAGCAUGGAAGAUGUGUGGCCUUGACAAAAGUACUUGUUUGACAGUCUUCUUUGAUCUUUCUUCAACUGAUAAAUCAAAUACCUCUGGAGGUGUAAAUCCCCAGCUAUAUUUACAGUUUCUUACAAGUUAUCAAAACCCUGAAGGUAAAACAUUGCUUCGAGUGACAACUGUUUGCAGGCCAUGGAUAGAUACUGCUGUUAGCACAGAGGAAUUGGUGCAAGGCUUUGAUCAAGAAACCGCUGCUGUGAUUAUGGCAAGAUUAGUUUCCUUGAAGAUGGAAACGGAGGAGGGAUUUGAUGCUACGCGAUGGCUGGAUCGGAACCUUAUUCGCAUUUGUUCUAAAUUUGGCGAUUACCGAAAGGAUGAUCCUGCGUCAUUUACACUAAAUCCAAACUUUUCAUUGUUUCCUCAGUUUAUGUUCAAUCUUCGACGGUCACAGUUUGUGCAGGUUUUUAACAAUAGUCCAGAUGAAACUGCAUACAACCGCAUGCUAUUGAACCGGGAGAAUAUCACCAAUGCAGCUGUUAUGAUUCAGCCAUCUCUAACAACAUAUGCGUUUAACUCGCUACCACAGCCAGCACUGUUAGAUGUGGCGUCCAUAGCCGCAGACCGUAUCCUCUUGUUGGAUUCAUAUGUCAGCGUCGUCAUAUUCCAUGGAAUGACAAUAGCGCAGUGGCGCAAUAUGGGUUAUCAGAAUCAGCCUGAACACACGGCAUUCGCACAACUAUUGCAAGCCCCACAUGAGGAUGCUCAGAUGAUCAUUCGGGAGCGUUUCCCUGUUCCAAGAUUAGUUGUUUGUGAUCAACAUGGUUCUCAGGCGAGGUUUUUGUUAGCAAAGCUGAACCCGUCAGCGACGUACAACAACGCAAGCGAAUUGACCGCUGGUUCGGAUAUAAUCUUCACCGACGACGUUAGCCUCCAAGUCUUCUUCCAACAUCUCCAAAAAUUAGCCGUCCAAUCUUAACAUUAAUCAUCAUCAGGUCUCUCAUUGUAUCUCCAUCAUCCUUGGUAUCGUUUCUUUGUUUCUUUUUUUUUUUUAUGUCGAAUUUCUGAUCAGUUUUUGUUUUCGUUUCAUUUGUUUUUUGUCUUACCAUAAGCCUACAUCAUAUUAUAUAUAGGUGAAAGAAGUCAUAAGUAGAGCCAUCCCUUUUGUCAGAAAUGAUCUUACGCUCCAAAUUUUGUAAGUUGGUUUCAUUGCAGCAA